GGGAUGGUUAUCUUAUCUAUAUACCUGUUUGAUGCAUCAUGAUGGAAUUGAAUAUAAUUAUCCGUACUACCUAGGCCCACUACCGGCAAGGUACGUACCUUGCGUAGCUGCAUCGAUCCAGCACUUCGUAUUCCGCUUGAAGAUGGAACCUCCGAAGCCGCUAACUAACUACUUAACUACCUACCUAACUAACUAUGUAGGUAACUAGAACUUCCAUCACUGCAGACAACUCCCGUUCACGUCACCACCCUUCCGAUCACCGUCCUGCCGAACUCUCUGGUAUCACGACCGACGCCCGAGCUAUGACCUGAGAUAGCCACCCUCAGAUCCGCCAUCAUCCGCCAUCACCCUCUCACGACCCUCUUUCGCCUGUCAUCUUUCGCCUGUCACCAUGGCCUCCGAGGAGCAGAACCCACUAGCCGAGUCGGGCAUCACGAUACACUCCGACAGCGAGCAGUACUCGGCCGGAGACGAUAUCUCUACAUCACCCGACGACUUCUCGUCAUCCCCGCCCCUCAUCCUCUACAAACCACCCACCACCUGGUCCCUGAUCCGGGGCGUCGCCAUCAACCUUCUUCUGCCUUUCAUCAACGGCAUGAUGCUGGGGUUCGGGGAGCUAUUUGCCCACGAGGCUGCCUUCCGCCUGGGAUGGGGCGGUACCAGAGUACGUCGCUUAGGUCUCUCCAUUAUAUUCCACAAACGAUGAAUCAAUGCCCAGUUUUAGCUUUUUUUUUCUUUCUUUUUUUUUUUUUCUUUUUUUCUUUUU